UGUCUCCUCUCAAGAACACUGGAGCCAAAAUUUGAUCUUCCCCAAUGUCAUGGGUAAAGAAAGACGUUUCUGCUGGAGUUGCAGAUAGCAUGAAAAAGAAAAGGAGCAGCGGCGGCGCCUCUGUCACCGUCGCUGCUGCCGCUGUCACCCCCGGCUGCCUCGCCUUUGCCACCGCUAUCAUCCACUCGGGACUGGGUUCGAAACCGGGCGCGGGUGGCAGUGCUAGUGUUAUGGACGAGGAGGGGGAAGGCGAGGAGGAACCCGGGCUGCAGCCCCAGCCACGCCGGGGAGGUGGCCGCGGCAGUGGCGGCGAAGGCGGAGGAGGCAGCAUCAGAAUGAAGAACAUCACACCAGGAGGGGGAGCCGCGCCAGCAGCGAGCAACAACGAGCUGUGCCUCUUGCAAGGCGAAGGAGCUGCGUCGACUGCUGCCUCUCCUUCUGCUUCUAACACGACCCCUGCUUGCCAGGGUGAUGCUGUUGGCUGUGCUGGGGGAGUUGGUGGGAGAGGGGGAGGAGUGGACUCCGCCACAGCUGUGUUAGCAGUAGCAGCAGCGACCAACACUAGCAGGAGUAAUAGUGCCUCCAGCACGGGCACGAAAUGCAACAUAAACGGAGACUGCAUCAGAGAUCAAAGCACCGGGAGCUUGUCUUCCAUUAUCUCUAAGCAGGACAGGCAGCAGGGAAGGGGUGGAGGAGGAGAAGACGACAGGAGAAAAAAACAGGGUGCUUCUCCCAAAACGAGCACCUCCAGUAUGGAAGGGACGACCACCACUGCCGCCACCACCACCACCGCCGCCGCUUCCUCGCUGACUCAGGGUCAGGGAGGCGAACAGCCCCCCUCCACCGCUGUUGUCUCCGAGAAAAGGGAACCCAAGGUGUCCUUUUCCAAUGCGCCAAGCAGGAAAGCGUCCUCGUCUGUGUACGGCCAGAAUCAGUCGCAGGCGCCGCCGCAGCAGGAUGACCAACCCCGGAAUUCAGUCACCGUUCUCAAAUCAGACGAAGGCGUCCAGAUCUCAGCCGACGAUGGGGAUCCAGGGGACAGCCAGGGGAGCUUCAUGCAGCGGCAGUUCGGGGCCAUGCUGCAGCCCGGAGUUAACAAAUUCUCCCUGCGGAUGUUCGGGAGCCAAAAGGCGGUGGAGAAGGAGCAGGAGCGGGUUAAAUCCGCCGGGGCUUGGAUCAUCCACCCGUACAGUGAUUUCAGGUUCUACUGGGACUUCACGAUGCUGUUGUUCAUGGUGGGGAACCUCAUCAUCAUCCCCGUGGGGAUCACCUUCUUCAAAGACGAGACCACCGCUCCCUGGAUUAUCUUCAACGUGGUCUCCGACACCUUCUUCCUCACGGACCUGGUGCUGAACUUCCGCACGGGCAUCGUCAACGAGGACAACACGGAGAUCAUCCUGGACCCCCAGAAGAUCAAGAAGAAGUACCUGAAGACCUGGUUCGUGGUGGACUUUGUCUCCUCCAUCCCGGUGGAUUAUAUCUUUUUGAUCGUGGAGAGAGGGAUCGACUCCGAGGUCUACAAAACGGCCCGGGCCCUGAGGAUAGUCCGCUUCACCAAGAUCCUCAGCCUCCUGAGACUGCUGCGGCUCUCCAGGCUCAUCCGAUAUAUCCACCAGUGGGAAGAGAUCUUCCACAUGACCUAUGACCUGGCGAGCGCAGUGAUGCGGAUUUUCAACCUGAUUGGCAUGAUGCUGCUGCUGUGCCACUGGGAUGGGUGCCUGCAGUUUCUCGUUCCCAUGCUCCAGGAAUUCCCAAGCGACUGCUGGGUCUCCUUGAACAAGAUGGUGAACGACACGUGGAGCGAGCUGUACUCCUUCGCGCUCUUCAAGGCCAUGAGUCACAUGCUGUGCAUCGGCUACGGCCGGCAGGCGCCCGAGAGCAUGUCCGAUAUCUGGCUUACCAUGCUCAGCAUGAUCGUGGGCGCCACCUGCUACGCCAUGUUCAUCGGUCACGCCACGGCGCUCAUCCAGUCCCUUGACUCCUCUCGCCGGCAGUACCAGGAGAAGUACAAGCAAGUGGAGCAGUACAUGUCCUUCCACAAGCUUCCCGCCGACUUCCGGCAGAAAAUCCACGACUACUACGAGCACCGCUUCCAAGGGAAGAUGUUUGAUGAGGAGAGCAUCCUGGAAGAACUGAACGAGCCGCUGAGAGAGGAAAUCGUGAACUUCAACUGCAGGAAGCUGGUGGCGUCGAUGCCCCUGUUCGCCAACGCAGACCCCAACUUCGUGACGGCCAUGCUGACCAAGCUGCGCUUCGAGGUGUUCCAGCCCGGGGACUACAUCGUCCGCGAGGGCACCAUCGGCAAGAAGAUGUACUUCAUCCAGCAUGGCGUGGUCAGCAUCCUCACCAAGGGCAACAUUGGCAUGAGGCUCUCUGACGGGUCCUACUUCGGGGAGAUCUGCUUGCUGACACGAGGACGCCGCACAGCCAGUGUCCGGGCUGACACGUACUGCCGCCUCUACUCGCUCUCCGUGGACAACUUCAACGAGGUGCUGGAGGAGUACCCCAUGAUGAGGAGAGCCUUCGAGACUGUGGCCAUCGAUCGGCUCGACCGCAUAGGUAAGAAGAACUCCACCCUGAUGCACAAGGUGCAGCACGACCUCAGCACGGGAGUCUUCAACAACCGCGAGAACGAGAUGAUCCAGGAGAUUGUGAAAUAUGACCGCGAGAUGGUCCAGCGGGUGGAGCUGCAGCGGCCCAGGGCCAUGUCCAUGACACCCCCCCUCCACGGGGCAAUGUUCGGCUACCCAGGUCAGCCCCAGAGCAGCUCUGCCAUCGCCACCCUGCAGCAGGCCGUAGCCAUGAGCUUCUGCCCCCAGAUGGUCAGCCCUCUUGUGGGGCCGGGGGUUCUCCAGUCCCCCCGCAUGGUCCGGCGCUUCCAAGUGGUGCAGAGCAUCUCCAGCCCCGUCUCGGUGUCUCCCCUCCAGUCCCAGCAGAUGCCGGCUGGGGCCUUAGCUUCAACCAUCUCCAGCCCGCCAGUCCAGAGCCCCCUGGCGGCCGGAGGGCGAACUUUCCAGUACAGCUCCAGCCCCGGCCAGUCUGGUUCCCAGCUCUCCCUGGUCCAACAGCGCGCCCCCAGCCCUCCCCAACGCCCAGCCGCCCACAACAGCACCCAAGCCUUGCACACCGGCAGCUUGAGCCAAGAGGCCAGGCUGCUCUCCGCUUCCCAGCCUUCCCUUCCCCAAAACGGGUUCCAGGCGGCAGCAGCCCCCAGCCCACCACAGUCCACCCGGGUGUCGUCCACCUCCAUCGGUCCCCCGCCUGUUCACUCUGGUACCCCGGGCUCCUCCGGGCUCAGGGGGCCCCAGAGGGUGGCCUUGCACCACCAGAUGUCAGUAGGGCUAGGGGGGGUCAUCUACCCCUCCACAACGCCCCCUGCUGGGGCUUCACCCAUGGGGCAGCAGGACUCAGGAACACCCAAGAAGGAUUCGGUGGUUAGCAUGCCAGACACAGACUUGGUCAAAUCUAGGCUCUCUUCCAAUUUGUGACCUUGAGUGUUUUUAGGAGUCUUGUUUGAGAGCUGCGGAUUGUGUUCCGUUGCACCCCUCCCCCCCCCCGGUGUAAAUCUUCAAUCAGAAUGUAUGCUGAGUGAGUGUUGGGAGGGGGCAAAAGAAUUAGGAAAUUCAAAAGGACCUGCUUAACUAGGAUUCCUACUCGAUACUAAGUCUGUACAGAAUAACGUGGGAUGUUUGUACUCCACCAACUCCAUAGGUAGGCUCACGGUACAUAGUAGUAGCCCCCACCCCCCCCACCCCCAUCUGUCCCACCCGUAAAUUUAGCUUUAUUUACUGUAAAGUGGAUUUAUAAAAACACAAAAUAAUGUAUCUGUUAAAUCCUGUAUAGAAUGAAAACCAUGCAAACUGACUUGAGCUGGCUGAAAAAAAACUGAAAGGAUAAUCAGGGACCUGCUUUGAAAGACAAUGGAGCUGCUUUGCAAAGUGUAUUGGGGGAGUCCUUUGAAAGACAAUGGAGCCGCUUUGCAAAGUGUAUUGGGGUGUCCUUUGAAAGAUAAUGGAGCCGCUUUGCAAAGUAUAUUGGGGUAGUCCUUUGAAUGACAAUGGAGCUGCUUUGCAAAGUGUAUUGGGGUGUCCUUUGAAAGACAAUGGAGCUGCUUUGCAAAGUGUAUUGGGGUGUCCUUUGAAAGACAAUGGAGCCGCUUUGCAAAGUGUAUUGGGGUGUCCUUUGAAAGAUAAUGGAGCCGCUUUGCAAAGUGUUUUGGGGUGUCCUUUGAAAGACAAUGGAGCUGCUUUGCAAAGUGUAUGGGGGUGUCCUUUGAAAGACAAUGGAGUCGCUUUGCAAAGUGUUUUGGGGGAGUCCUUUGGAAGACAAUGGAGUCACUUUGCAAAGUGUAUGGGGGUGUCCUUUUCUGCAUAAACAAGCUACAUAGCUAGGUGUUCUACUCAUGACGCUGUUAUAAUAGUCUGGUUUUAGGAAAAAAAAAAAAGCUAAUAGUCUUUUAGACCGCUGGUCGAUCUUACAUCGAUUAUUAUAAAAAAAAAAAAAAAUUUAAAAAAAAUUAUAAAAAAAAAAAGUUUAUUUAAUCUUCGUUGUACCUUCGCAAGACCAAAGCUGAGCUUAAACACAAUGUUUGGGGUGUCUUUGUCAACUAAAAAAUGGCAUUUGUUUGACUGCCUUGAUUCAGGCUGCGAUCGACUUUAGAAGCCAUAUUCUUAGCUCAUCUGUGCGUGUGUAGGUGUGUUUGUUCCACUACCCUUCUCACGAGCUGAGAUUUAACUCAGAGGGGCUUCUUACCAGGAAGGUUCCAUUGGUUUUUCAAAGAGAAAAAGCUGGUUGUCAAGUUUACAAUAGGUUAUCCGAAUACCGAUUGAUGGAAAUUAAAUAUUGAAAUAAGCCACACCAAAAAAACAAAAAGAACGAAUUUAAUGUGAACGUGGUCUAUUUAAUAAGCUUUAAUUGAAGUGGCUGAAAGACACUUAGUCAGAAAGUUUGACUACUUUUGUUCCUGGAGUGUACGAUCCCCCCUGCCCGAUAAAUAACGCAGGUGAGGGUAGGGGGUGGCGCCACUGCAAUGCUUUCUCGGAGCAAGAUUUGAUUGCACAUCAAUGUAAGUGUCAUUGUUUGACAUUUGGCAAAAAGAGAAAGAGAGAGAGAGAGAGAGGCUGAUUUUCCACAUCAGUACUGGAUUAGGAAAUGGAGUUCACAGCGUCAGUGUGUCACACUGUCACUGAUAUAGUUCAGUGACAUAAAUCUGGUCCCAAAGCUCUAGCACAGGUGUUAAUAAGGGGCUUACGGAAUAAACAAACCAUCCUGGGUGGGGAAAUUAUUUCAAAUCCGUGUCCCAGGAGAGGGCACUGAGAUGCUAAUUGUCCUCGUUCUACCAGACAGGGAAGCAGUGCUGUGUACCAUGAAACCCCAGAGAUAAUGCUAGCGUUCUUUCUCUUCCUCUCCCCUCCACCUCUCCUGUAAAUGUACAGAAGAUGUCAUUUUCACACUGUCUUCCCGAUAGCAGUUCUCUCACUCAAAGCAAGGUGUCUGGUUGAUACCAGCAAAGCACGCCGAUAAAACAUGACCAACUUUCAGAUUGGCUCAGUUUCGACCUUAUGGUCGGGCCACACCCAUCACCGACAGAGGUCCUAGGGGAGCCUGUCGCAGGCGUGGUCGAGUUUAACCACUUCUUUGCCAGGCAGUCUGCAAGACGCAGGGGGGAUCUAAUUGGAAACUGGACUCCUUAUUUUCAUUUAUUUCUAGAUGCGUUCUCUUCCCAACUGACCAGAGAACCUGCUGUGUAGACCUCAAUGAAGAGAAAAAGAAAAUAACUAUACGCUCCUUCUGAAUUCAUUCAUACUGUAGGUAGCAACCCCUAACCCCUUUGGCAACCUGCUGCCAGACAGUUAACUGACUACAGCCAAUGCCAAGCCCAGUUGUUCAUACUGCCAGGAACUUACCCCUUAAUAAAUCAAGCGCUGCUAGAAGCAAUGGAGCUACCAGCAGGCUAAUUCUUUCAGGAUGCGGCCAUAAGCAUCAAAGCAUCAGAGCCGUUCCUUUUUAAAUGUGUGUAAUUCCCAUGGUUUAAAGAAUCUGCAGGAGAGCAGUUUCUUGCAGGCAACAGCUACUGUAUAACUGCCCAGAGCAAACCGCCACGACGGAUUUUGACGUCGGUGGGAGAAGUCACGGUUUCAGGUUGCUUGUCGGGGAAGGUGUAAAGGGGUGCAAUAUCUUUUGGUUCCCUUAGUUAUGGAGGAGAAGUUUAUUUUUGUAUGCUGAAAACCAGAAGAGGCUAUCUGCAAAAAACAAGGCGGUGUGCGUUUGAUGAAAAGGAGCUGAUAUUUGUGUCUUUAGUGCAGUUUUAUUGUUAGUUUAAAAUGUGGAAAAUUAACUUCCAAUGGCCUUUUAAAAGUUGCCAUUGGUUGGUACUCAAUUGUAAAGUGGAGUGAAGGGCAGGAUUUCUUGUUUUGAAAUCAACACAUCAGCGAAUGAAUUUAUUUGCCACUUCUUAAAGGCAAUUCUGAUUACAAGCAUCAGCACUCCCCUACCCGACUAAUUCUCAGACAGGACCACAGUUCCAACCCCCCUUAGAAUGGACAGCUCUGGAAAGGCAAUGCUGCUUCUAAGUGGAUCUAUAUCCACAUCCGUCUUUAAACAAAUAACUUUAAUAUGAAUACAAAAAAACGAAACAAAUCACCUUCCCUCCUCUUCCAAAACUCAUUAAGAAACAGCUGCGUCAUGCAGAUAGCACCGCUCGGUUUUCAACAGAUUUAAAUUUAAAACAUCUCUCUUGGUUUGUCAAGUGCAAUACGAUGUGAUCUCUAGCUUGUACAUAUCAUGUGCGCCAUCCUCAUCCCUGCAAUAAGUGUGCUCAUCGGAUACCCAAUAUUAUUCAUUAGGUUCGCUGUGAACUCUGCAGUGACAGACACUCCAAUUCCAGACUGUGCCACACGCUUGACUUAACAAAGCUGGACUCCAGGACUCGCUGCGAUUGGAAGAAACAUCAUGCCAUUAAAAUAGCUUUUCUUUCUUAUUAAUUUGAGUUUUUCAAAGACUCAGUGGGGAGGAUUUAUUACAGCAUUGGUUGAAGAUAGGUUCAGCUACACAAUGAGCAAUGAAAAGGAUAGGUAGGAACAUUUAAGUAGUGGUAACUAACACAAAUCCUAGAGUCAUGCAGAAACCCAGUCUGAAGCGUUUUUCUUUCACACCCCAGAAUUAAUUAGUCACACCCCAAAAGUAAUUUUCACUUAAAUUUCGAAAUAAUUAAAAAAAAAAAAAAAAAAAAAACUGAAACCCACAGGGCAUGAUAUGAGCAUUCCUGGCAUCCCUGUUCAGGCUAAUCAAGCACCACAAAUUAAGGGAAGUCAUUUGUUUAGGGGACUGGCGCUGGCACAGCAUCAUUUACAUUUUUCAGAGCAGCUAAGAAUAAAUGGGUUAAGAAGAGGAAGACAUCAAGUGGAAUGGGGGCCAGGAAGAUUGAAUGCCACUGAAGCCUGUAAAUGAAAUAUUCAAAUAUUAAUACAGGAGAUGAGCGACUAUUUCAAAGCACAUUCCCUCGGCACUGACAUGCACUGAAGUCACUCCCAAGGAAAACGCUUGAAGAUCAAGCAGCACCGAAAUGACAUUUCAGUGGAGUGGCUUUUAAUGUCCUUCGCAGUUAGAUGUGAAAUGGCCCUAGUAUAGGAAAGUGUCUAGGUAGUAUGGUUAGUAUUUCCAGCAUACAAAGUUAUGGUUUGUGGUUCACUGGCAGUCCUUCCCUUUCCGUUCAAUUCAAUGGGCUGAGAGCUGCCAAUUCAUUACACUAUGGAGCAUUAUCAUUGAACAAUUACACUAUGAUGAUUUUCCUAAAUGUCUAGCUGUCAAACUCAACAAAACCUGCAAGCAGUGGUCAGUUUAUUUAGCCAAUUAAAGUAAGCAUUGUCUGGCCGUUUGAGUGAGGGAUCAACCAUUAGAACCAGAGGUGCGAGGCACCCAUUCUUAUUAAUAUACUCUUAAAGAUGGUCCUGUGUACCGCAUCAUUGCAACACACACUCAGAGAUAUCACAGUUUUAGUUAUUCAGUCUUUUUAAAAAGCCACAAAUAAGGAUGCAAGGACCAAAAUUUUAAUCAUUGGUUUGUUGAAAAGGGGGCAGUUUACUGCAUAAGGAAAAUCGAUCCCAGAAGUAUGCAUGCUGUACAAAAUAGAUAAAAAACAAAAACAGUGAUGGCCAUUAUCAAGACACCAGAUCAAAUAUUCACAGCUGUUCGCUUUAAGGCAGGAAGGCGGUGUAGGAAAGUGUAAUUAACAUGCAUUGAUCUCUGUCUGGAGUGCAUACAAUUAAACAGUGCUUCCGUUCAGAAGACGGUCAUGACUGUGCACAGAGAAACAUUAACUACAUGCAAAGCAGAGCUUUCAUACACGGUAAAGAUGCAAUCACGUGAGCUGUAAAGAUCAGCAUGCGUUAAGUACACCAUGUAGUGUAACGCGCUAUACUCGCAGACUAGACAUAGUGUCGUGUAUCAAGAAGGAUUUGUAGAGUUAAAUAUGCAUCAGCACUUUAUUUUUGUAUUCCUCAAUUGCUAUUUUAGUAGUCAUUUUUGAGCAAUUUCUAUAUAUAUUUUUUAAAUGUUAACUAUUCUCGUUGCCUGGUGUUAUGCACAAUGGUUCAAAGUGCUAGUUCAGGACGCAUUGCAUCUCUGGUGAAUGUCGCUCUAAUGGGAUUGAUAUGGACUUCUGUAAUGCCACCAGUACAAUGCUGGUCUGUUGAGCCGCUGUCUUUGCUUCUUUUAAAUGGACAAAUGUACAUUGAAAUGUGUGGCCGCCUAACUUAAAUUUGGCAACCAGAUUUUUAAUUUACUAAGAAAAAAAACUAAAAUAAUUUGUGGGCAAUCGCCUUCUAAAGCAACAUUACUUUACAGCUUGCAGCAAGCCUUCUGAGCAGUAUUUGGGUGGAAUCCGAGUGUGCGAUGAGCGAGUGGAGAAUUGUAAUGCUUUUAAAGGAUGUGUGAAGCUCUACUUCUUGACCCUCUGGUGCAAAUGUCAUUGUAUUUUGAUGGGACUAUGUUACGCUAACUAAUUUUAUUAUCUGGUUAAUGAAGAAAAAGAACAGUCUUCUUAAAAUAACCAUUGCAGCCAUAAUCUCAGUAUCUUUGCAGCCUUUUUAUGUUGAAUGUAUGCAAAUGAUGUUGGACGCCAGCAAACAGAUGAUCAAGUGCACUGUAAAUUACAAUCUUUAAAAAGGGAAGCAAUGUUAACUGAUGAAUGGUGUUUGCUGUGUGUGCGUGUGAAGUGUGUGCGUGUGAAGUGUGUGCGUGUGAAGUGUGCCAGCUCGGGCCGUGCGUUCAUACCCCACUUCUUUCCCAUUUCUUAUCGGCGUCCAUUCAAAAGUGACCCGGAGCGAUUUGCGUUUCCAUUAUCUACAGAAAGUGGGCUGCAAAACUGUUCUGUGAAACUGAACUUUGAAGUUUUCAAAUUGCACUUGAGUUGCUGAAUUCCCAGCCUUGGCAUCUGCUGCUGUCUGUCAAAAUCAGCCUCACCCCCCCCUUAUACACUUUCCCCCAAUCAGAAUCUGCGACAGCUCUUCAGUGGGAAGGUGUAGGAGACGGUCUUAGUAGGUCAACCCAGGACUGUGAGUCAAUUGAGUGCACGUGGCUUGCUCCUUCACCAACAUGGCACCCUGUGCACAAAAAAGGGACCACCUAUGUUAUAUACAUGUCCAGCCCCAUUGUAUUAUAUGAAGAAGGGUGCUUGCUGCUGAUUCCUGCUCCAGCACUGUAUUUCUCAGCUUUAUCCCCUAAGCUUGGAUCCUUUCGUGUCAGGUGCAGGGUACUGGUAGAAACUCAAAAUCAGUAGCCCCGCCUAGGGCAGGUCUGCUACUCCAACACAACUUCCCACUCCUGACUGCUUUCUGCUGGUGCAUGUUUUGGCCAUGCAAAACUAUGUCUGUAUUAAACAACCAAAAAAAUCAGAGUCUUGGUCAAGCCCAAAAUGUCUAACCCUUAAUAAUGUGUUUCCAGGAAGACCCCAGUGCAAGCACACCUGGUCGACCCGAUAUUUUUUAGAUAAUAAUUCCAGCUGCGCUGUGCAUAGGGUGGCCACAUUUCUCUCCAGUUUAUUCCCAAGGGAAAACUUUAUUUUUGUCCUUGCAUAUGACUCUCUCUCCAGCAGAUUUUAAAUUGCAACUCUCUGAAACUGUGACCUAUAAUCCAAACAGUCUGAUUCAUUGACACUGCGUUUUUUUCGGUCUACGUCAGGGCUUCUCAGACUCGGUCCUGGGGACCCCCUGUGGCUGCUGGUUUUCAUUCCAACCGAGCUCUCAAUUACUUAACUAGACCCUUUAUUGAACUGAUCAUUUGCUUAAUUAUUAUUGUUAUUAUUAUUUUAAAUAUUGCAUUCAAAAUCAUUCAUACAGAACUGAUGAGUUUUUAAUCUAGUUAGUACAAAGACAAAGGCUAUGAGUCAUCAUGCUAAUAACAGCUAAUAAUGUUUUACAGCUACAGUAAAGAACCUCUUCAAUGCCCUGCUGUGAGCUGUGCAUCAUAGGCGUUAGAUAUGGCACCCAUACUGCCACGGUUUAGCAUUGCAUGCUUCAAAACCACUGUUUUAGAGUAGGAAAUCCACAGCAGAAACUCUUAAUAAAACGCCAAGGUCUGCACCAAGAGAAACCAAGCCAGGGCCUGUGUUGGAAGUGUCCCCACAAGGGUCCUUCCUUGACUCUUAUCUUCCUGGACCCCAGUGCAGCAGUAGCCAGUGUCCUCCAGAGACACAGCUCCCUUCACAGUUUGGACCUCACCUGCUGGUGGUGUUUUCCAUCUGCGCACUUCGAAUCUAGCAGAAGAUGAGGCUGGCAGUUAAGGGUGCACACAGAUAUCCAGGGAUGAAGAGUUCUUGCCAGGGUGUACGGCGUCUCAAUGUGUUCUUUUCCGCAGGGCUAAGAGUAAUGCUCUGUGUGUACCAGAGCCCCAUGUCUCCAGGAUGCCUUUUGCAAAGUGUACACAGUACAUUGUACCUCACAUCGCAUGUCGUAAAUGCACAGUGUGGCUGGGGUAGCAUUAUAUUUAUAUUGUGGUGCAAAUCUAUAUGGUGUACAGAACACGACACGCCUGUUGUGACACAUUGCAUGUGCAGUACCCAUAGAUGUCAAUGCAGCGCAAAGAGUAUGCCAGUGAGUCCGGCCCAAUUACUGGGGAACGCACAUCUGGGUCUGGUACGGUGUGUGUGUUAAAGACCAAGCACACUACCUUUGGGGAAAGGCAAGCUGUUAUUAUAUUAGAGAGGCCCUCACUUGUAGCCUUAGAAUAUUCUCAACAUUUUUGUAUUAUCUUAUGGGCUGUAGUGCCAACAGCCUCCAUGCAGCAUUCAAGAUUCUGGUGUGGAAUGAGUUUGUUUUCUGGUAUUCCUUAUAAAGGCCCCCGGGCUCACAUUGGCAGAACCAUCCUACCUGUCAGCAUCUUACCUAAAGAACAUCAAUUUCCUCAAGUUUAGGAAUGGCUAUAGAACAGAAUACAGAGUAGGUUUUGCAAACCGUUUAAAACAAAAAAAGACAGUUUUGCUGACAAAGGGCUUUUCUAAUUGAAUCUGGCAUUUGUUGCUUGCACUUGGAAUCCUGUUUCUCUGUUGCAAUAAUUGAAUGUAUCCAUUGUGCUAGUUUGUGUCAUUGACGUUUGUUCCACACGUUUUCCGGUGCCUUUGCAUUUGCCUUUCCUGCUGUGUUCGGUCAAUCCUCAAAACAAAACUCAGAUACAAAUGCUGAAAUAGUAAUGCCUGUGAUCUGCAAUAUGAAACUAUUAAAAUGUAUAGUCAGGCAAAUUUGGAUUUUGUUCUGUAAUGUGCUCGUCACCCCCUCCCCCCACCCCUGCUCUUUAAGCCACAAGCCACAGUACCCUUGACUACACUGAGCUACUUGAACCCAGGUCUGGCGCCUCAACACUCAAGCUCCUUUUCCUGUGCCCCGCUUAAAGAGGUGUGUGCGCUACAGACCUGGUCGAAAUCUUAACAGAAUCCCGUCACAGAGGUUCAAUAGCUGCAUUGAUGUCUGGUAUGACUGCACCGUUUGGCAGGUCAACUAUUUCUAAUGAAUUAAAUGCAAUCAUAAAAUGUAUGGUGAUAAUGACAUCAAACCCCUUCAGAAAGACAUGCAGUAAUCAUUGUGCAAUAAAACAUGACAACA